CACUACAUGUCGUGGGAGAAGCACGCACUCGACUUUGGCACGAAAGCACCUACGAUGGAGAAGAUGGUCAUGCGCGUCGUCCACACAGUCCAACCUGUCUUGUACGAGCAUUUCUUAACCAUGCCAAAGAUGACGGAACUUCGCGACAAAGGUUGUGUGUUCCGUUCGUACCCGUACGCGAAGUAUGCUACUGACUUGAAGUUUCAGCCAUCACACCGUCCGUUAGGAAGAUUUGGUGAGUAA